CUGUGAUUUUAUAGUUUUAUAAUCUGUAUUAAAAAAUACAAGUUUUUAGUGACUAUUUUGACGAUAGAUUUUGCGACAAAAUGACAGAUAAUUAUGGGUAUAAUAAUAACGAGUUGGCGAUCGCGUGGACUAACUUGGGUUUUGUCCAAAAGAGUUUGUUUGGCAAACGAGUGAAGACUAUUCUAGACUCACUUAACGGUCAAAUUAAUUUUCAUACAUUGACGGCACUAAUGGGUCCGUCGGGUGCGGGAAAGACCACACUUUUGAAGUGCGUUAAUAUGCGCUCCAACUCUAACCUCACGGCUGACACACAAAUGUUUGUCAACAAAUACACGGAUUUGAGGACUUGUUUUAUAAUGCAAUCAUCCGAUGAACACAUUCUUAAAGGGCUGACUGUUAGUUUGUGUGACGACUUCGAGCCGCUGGACAUUAACGGCAACUUUGAUCACAACCUGAAUGUGCGGCGAAUACUAUCGGAACUGCUUCUGGAGGACUGCGCCGACACUUGUGUCCAGACAUGCAGUGGUGGCGAACAGAAGCGCCUGACAGUAGGCCUGGAAUUAGUCCAACAAAAUAAGCCAAACCUCAUGUGUAUAGACGAGCCGACCAGUGGUCUCGAUAGCAAUGCAGCGGAAUUAGUAAUCCAGUGUUUGAGAGAGUUAUCAGAGAGACAUCGGAUGGCAAUCGUGACAUCAAUACAUCAGCCAAACUCUCUGCUCCUCUCAAUGUUUGAUCAGUUAUAUGUGCUCUCAAAGGGCGGUCACUGUGUGUUCGCCGGACGACCC